UGGCUUGACGUUACUUCCCAGUGUAAACCGGUGGACCCGUAGCUCUUAUCAGCUAUGCUCAUUCAUUGUCAGAGAGUGUGAUUCGUACAUCCGGGUGGCGGAGCCAUCGGGUCCUACGUACCCGUAUCGAUACCACUCGACUCGUCGAAGGAGCUAAACGAGGUCUGGUUAGUGUUUCUGAAUGCGUUAAGCGUCAUGCGUUGGGACUUAAGGGCGAGCGCUGACUCGACUAGACGAAGGGCGCCAACACGGCCCAACGGACCAGCCGAUAUAUAAGAUUAAUAUAUAGGCCGAUAUACGUACACAUAUUAUAUACCGUACCUACUUGAGGACUGUACGCUGGAGAAAAUGUGGAAUGAGCCAGACUGCGUUGAGCAGUUAGUUCAUGUUUAUGUUCCCACUGGAUCGUAAACCUUUUGCCCGAUAACGUUUUCCGGUAUAAGAGAUUCGAGCGUGCUGCUCAUAAUUCUAAUCGUAAACUCUCGUCCCCCCUCUCGCCUCCCCCUAUAGCCCACGUAAGACGAAUUGGUUGCAUUUUGAAAUUCGAGUAUUUCCGGAACGGACCCGAGCGUCAGUCAUUGCAGACAUUUGACAGGAGCGAUAACCCAGUGAUAAGCCGUGUUAUCGAUAGCGGAUUUAAUCGAGAUGAAAAUAACAAAGAGUAUCGAAGAUCCAGAUGAAUUUAAAUGUCCAAUUUUAUCGCGCUGUACCCGUAUACAUAUUUUAAGAUUAACGGAUGUUUUGUCACUGGCUGAAGUGAGCCCAUCUGGUCAAUGGACUUUGGCCGGGCCUUUUUUCUUUCACGGGCAGUCAAAGAUAUCGCGGGACUUGGUACAUGCCAGCCAGAUGCACUGCUGCUGGCCCAGCAUCUUCUCUGUCGACAUCACGCGUUCCCACUGUGUCCCCCAUGUAUCUAUCGAGUUAUUUGUCGCUAUCAGAUGUUUUCAUUCCCUCCCGGCUCUUCGCACUCUCCUGUCUCUGCGCAAGGACAUUCCUCGUGUACGCAAGUAUAUGGGGAUAUAUUAGGAACUGGACGGCAGCUGGCAGCACGCGCCAAGGAGUAAGGUCUGAUAUCUGUCCAGGAUCCCAGACCCGUGGACUAAACUGGAACGACCUGGCCCAGGGAGAAAAGGAGGAACAGAGGAUGGACUACGGAACGGUGGAACAGUCUGCUGAUCAAUGGGAAUGGAGGAUUCGGACUUACUGGACGUCGUAUUGGACCCCUCGUGACUCCUGUGGAAGUCGCAGGAAGACAGGAUGGCAUCGGAGGUGCCGUCUUACCGCGACUAAAAUACCUUUCGUGUUUGGGAACAGGUGCUAAUAGGUACUAGGCCCAUUUCGUGAGGUGUUAAAUAAUGACUUUUUAGAAGUCACUUGUAAACCGCUCGGAUAAGCUUAGGCCCAUGAAAUUCGUGUCAACUUUUAAAGCAUAUGUGUACCAAGACUGUUUAAAGAGACGUUUCGCAUACGUGUAAUCUCAUAUGCAUAAUCGUCGAUACCUUCGAGAAAUUUGCCUAAGUCUUGGCAAGAGGUAGGCGUCUUCAAAUUAAAAUGAAAUUUUUUACAAAAAAAAAAUUACUUGAUUUUUUGUACAAAUAAAGUAUGUUGCAAUUGAGAAUCUCACUGA